AAUAAAAAGCAUCAUACAACGUUUACUCACAGACCAAGAAAGGGCGUUCAUAAUGAAAUUGUUGUGUGUUUUAGUGAUUUACUUUCACCUGUCGUCUUCUAAAAGCAUCGAUGGAAAUUUGAACGGUAACGGAAAAAGUUACUUCUUCAAAAUGAGACAGAACAGCACUGACUUCAUAGUCACCAGCAGGAUAGCUAAUAGAGGGCAGCUUCAAGAAGAUUUCAAAGAGCUGCAGGCACCUGUUAUUGUUAAAAGCAGAGCUUAUGAAACGACAUGUCUUGGAAAUGAUUGUAAAGAGUCUGAAGAAUCUGACGAACAAUCCUCCGAUAUUCAAGACCUACCGCAUGAUAUUAUUUUAGAUACCAACACAACAAUAAUCGAAGGUAACCUUCCAGACAGCAUUCUUGAAUCUGUAAUCCCUGACACAAUACUUUCCAAUGAUACUCUUAAAGCUGCUGAAGAGAUUCAAGAAAAUAUACUUGAAGAUAUUGCUUCUGGACUUAAAGCUGCUAACGAAAGCAUUGUGAAGAAUUAUGAAGAGAUUAAAGAAAGUAUUUUGGAAAGUAUCUCCCCUGCAGUAAAUGUUUCGAAGGAAAAUGUUGCCGAAGAUGUUAAUGAUCGUUCCUGGAAAAAUUUGAUGGAGCAGAUUUUCAAAGCGCUUGACCCCAAAAUAGUAGCUUCAUUUAUGGAAAAAGUUACCAAAUUUGGAGAAAAGUGUAUGGCAGAGACCAAAGCAACAAGUGAUGAUGUUGCUCGAAUCAUUGCUCACCAAAUUCCAGAGACUCACGAAGGAAAGUGUAUGGUUUCCUGUGUCUACAAAGCAUUUAAAAUCCAAAAUGAAGAUGGAACCAUGAAUUCUGACGAAACUUUGAAGCUCAUGGAGAGGAUCAAGGAAAGUGACGCAGAAUUGUACGAGAACUUGAUCAAAGUGUUCAAAAUUUGCCAUGGAAAACCAGAACUUAUUGUCGCAGAUCCCUGUUUGACAGCUGUCAAUGUGGGGACAUGUGCAGUGACUGAAGGAAAAGCGCUUGGCAUCAAAUCCGAAUUGUUUGGAAUGUGAUUUUUCUAUUAAAUUUUCAAAAAUGUUAUACCUGUAUUUUGGACCUGUUUGUUUGAAUAAAACAAUUAUAAAUUUGUAUAGUAA